AUGUUUUCGUUGUCUCAGCGCUUUCAACAAACCUCGAAUCAUGCUGUAAGCUUCGCUAUAUGGGCAGCGGUGUUUGUCAUUGCCACGUUCUGUGCUCAGUUAUAUCACGAUAACGUGUUCAAUUUGGCUUCUUCGAUAUCAAACGUACAACCACACAUCAAUUUGAGAUCUAGCAGAUACUAUGGUUCUACCAAUGGCAAACCCAAAGAAAACGUAAAAAUCGCUUUUGACCUCGAGGCAGAUCUUACACCGGCAUUCAACUGGAAUACUAAGCAAGUGUUUGUUUACCUUACUGCAACUUACAAAGGAACCCGAAACAAAGAGGUGAUUAACGAAGUGACCUUUUGGGAUAAAAUCAUAACAGAUCCAAAAGACGCAGUCUUGAAUGUUCAUAACGCCAAGUCCAAAUACUCCAUCUGGGAUUUAGAGGAAAAACUCGCAGAAAGAGAAUUUCAAUUCAAAUUGCACUGGAAUAUUCAGCCAUGGAUUGGAAAUCUAGUUUACGGUGAAACCACGGGCAUGACAACGGCCACUAUGACAGAUUCUGAAAAGAAAAGUAAACCGUCCAGCAAGAAGAACGCGGGUAUAUAG